AUGGCUUUCUCUCGACGACACACUGACGACUCCGAUACUGACGAGGACCAGAAUGCCGUUGACCCCGACCUUCGCCUGCGUACCGUGCGCACCGCUGCAUCUACCCUUGCAGAAUAUGCCAAACACGAGGAACGUGCUGAGCGUGCGGGGCGCAGGAAGUCGACCGCAAAGGGCUUCUUCCGCAGAGGCACAGAGAAGAAGAGGGCUGAUGCUGCUGCGUCCGCGCCGAAGCUGUCCGGAGCACGCAGGAAGAUCUACGUGAACACGCCGCUGUCUCGACAUGAUAUGGAUCACCAUGGAGAACCCGUCGCUCGUUAUGUGAGGAACAAGGUCCGCACGAGCAAGUAUACUAUUCUGACGUUCGUCCCGAAAAACCUCUACGAGCAAUUUCGGAGGGUUGCGAAUCUGUAUUUCCUCGCUCUGGUGAUUCUGCAAGUAUUCACCGUAUUCGGCGCAACGUCACCGCAGACUGCCGCAUUGCCGCUGCUGGUCAUUCUGGCGUUCACUGCGAUCAAGGAUGGCGUUGAAGACUAUCGGCGCGCUGUGCUCGACAACGAAGUGAAUAAUUCGGCGUCGACGAAGCUCGGUCAAUGGCGAAACGUAAACCAGCCGACGGACGCACGGUCGUGGUUUGAGAAGCUUUUGCAUAUCAACCCUCCAGGACGGGUGACGAAGGGCGUGCGGAGACUACGAGAGCGUGAGGCAGGGGAAGGGAUGCAGAUCGUGCUGAGCAAAGGCCUCGAGGGCGACCUCGUCCACGCAAAGAACGCUGACGAUUCUGUGACAACGCUGAAAGGAACUGUCACAGGUACGGAAGACACCUUUGCUCACAGCUAUCCUCCUCGGCAGGACGAGAUGGGCUCGUGGUCGGGUGGAUCGGGUUCGCUUGCGGUGUACCAACAGUCGGUUCACUCACAGUCCACUGUGGGUGUUCUUGACUACGGUAUGCGGACGACGGGGCUGGCACGCUGGGAGCGUACGCUGUGGAAGAAGUUGGAAGUUGGUGACGUCGUCUUACUCCGCGAGAACGAACAGAUACCGGCAGACAUUGCCGUUCUCUCCACUUCCGAUCCAGACAAUAUGUGCUAUGUCGAGACGAAGAACCUAGACGGUGAGACGAACCUGAAGCCUCGCAAGUCGAUAAAGGCCACUUCCGCCAUGACUUCCGAGGAAGAUGUAGAGCGCGCAUCCUUCGUGCUGGAUUCCGAGCCACCGCAUCAGAAUUUGUACUUGUACCAUGGUGUCCUUCGAUAUCGCGAACCCUCCAGCGGCGAGCUCAAGCAGGAGUCCGUGACGAUUAACGAACUUCUUCUACGCGGCUGUACUGUGCGCAACACGGCAUGGAUUAUAGGCUUGGUCGUUUUUACAGGUGCAGAUACCAAGAUCAUGCUCAAUGGUGGAGCUACCCCAUCCAAACGGUCCAAGAUCGAGAGGGAGACUAACUUCAACGUUAUUGUCAACUUCCUGGUUCUUGUAAUCAUGUGUGCCAUCUCAGCCAUCGCCAAUGGUCUCUUUGACGGCAAGAGCGGAACCAGUGCAGACUUCUUCGAAAUUGGAGCCAAUCCUUCUAGUUCUAAUGUUGCCAAUGCUAUUGUCACCUUUGUCUCGUGUCUCAUUGCUUUCCAGAACAUUGUUCCCAUCUCAUUGUACAUCUCCAUCGAGAUCGUGAAGACCGUCCAGGCUUACUUUAUUGCGCAAGAUAUUGAUAUGUACUAUAAGCCGCUGGACGCGGCUUGCGUCCCAAAGACGUGGAACAUCUCCGACGACCUCGGUCAAAUCGAGUACGUCUUCUCAGACAAGACAGGUACACUCACGCAGAACGUCAUGGACUUCCAGAAGUGCUCCGUGAACGGCAUCGCCUAUGGAGAGGGUGUCACUGAGGCCCAGCGCGGAGCUGCGAUGCGCGAGGGUAGACCUAAUGCCCUUGAGCCUGCGGAGCAGGAUCGUCAGCUGCAAUUGUUGAAGGAAGACAUGUUGAGUAAGAUGUCGCAUGGUUUCAAGAAUCGCUACAUCCAGCCCAACAAGCUUACUCUCGUGUCUCCGCGUCUUGCCGAUGACCUGACCGACAGGUCGUCUCAGCAACGCCCCCAUCUCAUCGCUUUCUUCCGUGCCCUCGCCGUUUGUCACAGCGUCCUUUCAGACCGCCCGGAGCCACGCACAGAGCCGUACCAUUUGGAGUUCAAGGCCGAAUCGCCUGAUGAGGCCGCUCUUGUCGCCGCCGCCCGUGAUGUCGGAUUCCCAUUCGUCCAGAAGUCUAGAGAUGGCAUUGACAUCGAAGUCAUGGGCCAACCAGAACGUUACGUUCCGCUGCAGAUGCUCGAGUUUGACAGCACGCGAAAGCGGAUGAGCGUCAUCGUUCGUAACCCUCAGGGGCAGCUCGUGUUGUACUGCAAGGGCGCCGACAGUGUCAUUUAUCAGCGUCUCACACCCGACCAUGACCCGGAUCUGAAAGCGAAGACAUCCCAAGACAUGGAGGCGUUUGCGAAUGGCGGAUUACGCACGCUUUGCAUCGCGUACCGGUAUCUGACGGAAGACGAGUACACCGAGUGGCAGCGGCUCUACGAUGCGGCGACUAGCUCCAUCGAUGAUCGUGAGGCUGCGAUUGAGAAGGCGAAUGACAAAAUCGAACAUUCGCUGACAAUUCUCGGUGCUACCGCGCUGGAAGACAAGCUGCAGGAGGGUGUUCCAGAAGCAAUCGAGUCUCUCCACCAAGCUGGCAUUAAGCUAUGGAUUCUCACCGGUGAUAAGAUCCAGACUGCCAUUGAAAUUGGAUUUAGCUGCAACUUACUAAAGAACGACAUGGAGAUCAUGAUCUUGUCAGCUGAGACAGAGGAGGCUGCGCAAACACAGAUCGAAGGAGGUUUGAACAAGAUUGCUUCAGUGCUUGGGCCACCUUCUUUGACGAACGAGAAGCGGGGAUUUGUCCCUGGUGCCCAAGCUGCCUUCGCUGUUGUUAUAGACGGCGAUACUUUACGUCACGCCCUUAGUCCGGCACUGAACUCGCUCUUCCUCAACCUUACGACUCAAUGUGAGACUGUUGUGUGUUGUAGAGUUUCUCCCGCGCAGAAGGCGCUGGUGGUAAAGCUGGUUAAGGAAGGCCGAAAAGCUAUGACAUUAUCAAUUGGCGAUGGUGCAAAUGAUGUCGCUAUGAUCCAGGAAGCGCACAUUGGAUGCGGACUCUUGGGACACGAGGGUUCGCAGGCGGCCAUGUCCGCCGACUACGCUUUCGCUCAGUUCCGCUACCUGACGAAGUUACUGAUCGUUCACGGACGCUGGUCAUAUCAACGAAUCGCUGAUAUGCAUAGUAAUUUCUUUUACAAAAAUGUUAUCUGGACUUUCGCCAUGUUCUGGUUCCAGAUAUAUUGCAAUUUUGACGCAACGUAUUUGUAUGAUUACACUUUCGUCCUUCUCUACAACCUGAUUUUCACAUCUCUACCUGUCAUCGUCCUUGGGGCUUUCGAUCAGGAUCUCAAUGCCAAAGCAGCCCUCGCUUUCCCACAGCUUUACAUUCGCGGCAUUCGCGGACUAGAGUAUACCCGUUUGAAGUUCUGGCUGUACAUGCUGGACGGUCUAUAUCAGUCUGUAGUCGUGUUCUUCGUUCCCUACCUGGCCUGGUCGCUUGGUCUGGCUGUGUCUUGGAAUGGCAGGGAGAUCCAGUCUCUCUCCGACUUCGGUACCACAGUGGCCGUUGCUGCCAUUUUCGCUGCCAAUAUCUACGUUGGUCUCAACUCGCGGUAUUGGACGGUGAUCACUUGGGUUGUUUGCUUCGGAUCAUCCAUAGUGAUGCUCCUUUGGAUCGUCAUUUAUUCGUAUUUCGACAGCAUCAACAGCAUCAUGUUCGUAGGUGAAGUCGAAAUCCUGUUCGGAGAGGUCACGUUCUGGGCCACUGUUCUGAGCUCGGUUGUUCUUGCUCUCGCCCCUCGAUACAUCGUCAAGUUUGUCAAGAGUGCAUACAUACCUCUUGACAAAGACCUUGUUCGAGAGAUGUGGGUUAUGGGCGACCUCAAGGAUCGCCUUGGAAUCGUACGCAGGCGGGAUCUCAAGAAACACAGAGGUGACCUAGAGAAGACACCGAUUUUCCAACGGCCGCACUGUCGUUCAGAGUCCGAAAUUUCGACCGAGGAGGACCCAAACAGCAUACCGCGAGACAGGAGUCCAAGCUCGGACGGGCGAUCCCCCACUGCAUCGUUGAUGGGUCGAAAACCCCAGAAUCCGGAAGAAGUACACCUAGACGAUCGACUGACGCCACAAGCUCGACGUGAUGCCGCUUCUCCAGAGUACCGACAUUCGUACUACUCUGCGUCCGACAUUCCAGUACCCUCACCUAUCCCAACACGAUACGACCGCCAGCAUGAUAGUCCCACGAUGUCUGUUGUGUCACCACAGACCGUCUCGACGCGACCAUGGCAAGAUUCGAGCCCGAUGCGAGAAGUUUUCGAGAUGCAUGUGCGAGGUCCAUCCGAUGAGUGGAGAAAUCCAUCGCAUGCGCCACAGUCCUCUGGUGAAGCGUAUGCUACUGCUUAUGAUGGGAUUGUGGGAGAGAUUGAUGGCAAUUACUCGCAACCCCAUCCUGUAUCGAGGGGUCCCUUACCUUCGGAGGACAGCACAUAUUCGUACACCGUUCAUGCAUUAUAG